AUGAAUCAUGAAUCUUUAGAGCAAGCAAAACCUGGAUUUACAUUUGAACCAGUAGAUAUAAUCAAAGAAUUAGAUAAAAUUAUCGAGAGUAAUCCUAAAACGGAACUUGAAUUCAUGAUAUCCCUAAGAAAUACUUAUAAAAAAUUGCGAGAUGCACAUACGCAACUUAUUCCUUCUUGCUAUGUUGAUCCUACGAAUAUUGAUUGUGAAGUGACUUCUAUCGAUUCUGUCCCCGCUUUUGAUGCAAUCAAAAACUUUGCCAAUAAUCAUAGUUUUAUCUCACGUGAUCUUGGCGUUCGUUUAAAUAAUGCAUUAACUUCUAUAUCUCUAGUAGAUGGUAAACCAUGGAUACUUGGAAGUGAAUUUACUGUUCGAGUAGAUUUUCCUGAAACUGAUAGUAUCACGUACACUUUAAAUUGCCCAAAUGAGAAGGUUAAAAAUGUUACGAGGGAAUGGUUCGUUACAUUUUUAGCAUUUAAAGAAGGAAAGAAAUCUUUCUAUCAAGAUGUUUGCUUAAGUAGUGGAAAUGAACGUACCAAGUACAAAGAAUCCCACGACAUAAAAAGACUUGAAAUUUUGCCAUACAUUUAUCAUCCCAAAUUAAAAGAUGUAUUAUCUAAUAGAAUAUCUGAAUCUUCAGCUACAUUAAGUAAAGCCAUCCUAGUGCAUGAUGCUAUUGACGUAAAAUUUUAUAAAUCUAUCGGUUCUGAUUUUGGUAUUGUAGUCUUAAUUGACGAGGUAGCAAAUUUUGAAGAAACGUUAGCUGGAUUUAAAAAAUUGGCUGAUGAUUCUUCAAUUAAAAAGUUUAUCAAUUCAAUCAUAUUACCUUCUAACUCUUUUAAUCAUACAUUAUUUCCUGAUGACAUGAACGUUGAAUCUGAUAUAAUGAAAAAAUUUAUAACUUCAUCUUUCAAAUCAAAAGAAAAUCCUUUUUCUGCAUUCAUUAACUUUGAAACUGGAAACCCUUUUAAUUCUUCCGAAGAAUUCAUAGGAUCCAAAAAAUAUGAAAGAGGCGGUAGUCAAUCUAGUUAUUCCACAAAAUUCACUCUUCGCAAGUUGCCUAAACAAAUUGAUUUACCUUGGGAUACUAAAAAUAUGAUAAUUCUUUCAAAUGGAGCUUCUGGCUCCUCCGCUACCCUGAUUUCUCAAUGUCUUCAAGAAGUUGGCCAAGUACCCACUGUUUCUGUAGGAGGAUUUGCAAAUCAAACGUUAUCUUUUGCUUCAUUCCCCGGAGGAUUAGUUUUUGACAGUAGUUCAAUUUUUGGAAUUCUUACCGAAUUUGGCAUAUCUGAUUUACCUGCUUUAGAUUCUCAUUAUGCAUUUUUUGAUUUGACCUUUACUUUCGGUGAAGCAUAUAGUUUUAAAAAUCCUGAUACAGUGCUAGAAUUCGAUUUUAGACCUGCAGAUCACAGAUUAUUUUAUGAUGAAAACAAUAUCAGAGAUCCAAGUUUGUUGUGGGUUGAGGCUGCUAAUUUAAUUAAUUAA